UCGGGCCUCGGAGGCGUAGGAAGUGCUUCCUGGAGCACGGCAGAGGUCACAAAUCAUGUGACGACGGCUUUUGGAGGAGACUGUUUUUGAAGCUGUCCCUGAAUUUGCAGCUGAGAGAACACGGCAACCCAGCAAACCAGGAGUGGAGAUUGAUCCUGCGGGAGAAAGGGGUUCAUCAUGGCGGAUGACCUGAAGCGAUUCCUGUAUAAAAAAUUACCAAGUGUUGAAGGGCUCCAUGCUAUCGUUGUGUCAGAUAGAGAUGGAGUGCCUGUUAUUAAAGUGGCCAAUGAUAAUGCUCCGGAACAUGCUUUGAGACCUGGUUUCUUAUCUACUUUUGCCCUGGCAACAGAUCAAGGGAGCAAACUUGGACUUUCAAAAAAUAAAAGUAUCAUCUGUUACUAUAACACCUACCAGGUGGUUCAAUUCAAUCGUUUACCUUUGGUGGUGAGUUUCAUAGCCAGCAGCAAUGCCAAUACAGGACUCAUUGUCAGCCUAGAAAAGGAACUUGCUCCAUUAUUCGAAGAACUGAGACAAGUUGUGGAAGUUUCUUAAUCUGGCAGUGGUUUUGAUGUACACCUGAUUUUCAUUAUAACAGACACAGUAUCAAUCCAGCAAUCUUUAGACACAACAAUACUUAUAUCCAUAUACUCAAGAAAGGGCCCCUUUCCCACCUUCUUCCACUAAAGAAAGAGCCUAUAGAUACAAUUUAUGGACAGAUUGAUUGUUAUCUUCUCUUGUGUAGGGUCUUAAUUUAGUGAGAUCUGGGGAUAGCACAGAAAUGGUUCAAUACAUCACAGCUCCCAUGGAGUUAUUCCAGUCACCAGAUAUGCAUGAGAUUCUAUUCAUUGGGUCAGAAUCAAAAUGGUACUUUGAUCCACUGGAGCCAUUAAGUGCUCCCUAUUGUAUAAUAUGCCCAGGCCUGCAGAAUGAAGCAGACCCUUUUUAUUGUGAAUAAUACUGAGGACAUAUUUUUCUUUAUAUUGUUUUAUUUCUUUGCAUUGAGUGUGAGGAAGAUAAAAUGGCUUAGUAAAAGUAAUAAAAUCCGUACAAUCACUAA